GUGUGUGUGUGUGUGUGUGUGAUAGUCAGUGUGCGUGUGUGAGAACCCACCCCGAUCCCGCGGGUUCCGCGCUGCGAGCGCGCGCCGAGCGCGAGAGAACUUCGUGCGCAUGAGGUAGGCACUGUCAGCAUCGCACGCGCGAUUCGAACCGCGGAGCGCGGCUCGUGCUCAAGUCGUACGUGCCGUAACGUGUCACGCGUGCUCGUGGCCCGGCCGGCGUGUUGAAGACGCGUGGAGCUUCUCUGCAAGCUGGACCCGCUCCGCGGCGGAGGAGCCCCGGCAGAGGAUGAUGAUGAUGAUGAUGAUGAUGAUGAUGGUGGCGGCUAUGAGAUGCGCACGCAGCGUCCACGCAGCCCGCCGCAGCGCGUGAUCCCCGCGGAGCGAGCGCGCGCCCCAACUCCGACCUCACCAAUGUCGUCCAUGAACACCUCGAACCAAACCGAGCCUACGUACCCCAUCUACAUCUCAGCAGUCUUGACUCUGGCCGCGGUCCUCCUCAUCCUCCUGAUCCUCUUCGGCAAUGUUCUGGUCAUCAUCUCAGUGCUCACGAGCCGGGCCCUCAAGGCUCCGCAGAACUUGUUCCUGGUCUCCCUGGCAUGUGCGGACAUCCUGGUGGCCACCUUGGUGGUGCCCCUGUCGCUGGCCUACGAGCUCAUGGGCUACUGGUACUUUGGCAAAGUUUGGUGCCAGAUCUACCAGGCCCUGGACGUGCUCUUCUGCACGGCCUCCAUCGCGCACCUGUGCGCCAUCAGCCUGGACAGGUACUGGUCCAUAACUCAAGCCAUCGAGUACAACCUGAAGCGCACGCCGCGGAGGAUCAAGUGCAUCAUCUUCAUCGUGUGGGUCAUCUCGGCGGUCAUCUCCUUCCCAGCGCUCAUCACCAUGGAGAGCGAGUUCGGAGAGAACGGGCUCCAGUGCGAGAUCAACCAGGAGGAGUGGUACAUCAUCUCCUCCAGCAUCGGCUCCUUCUUCGUGCCCUGCAUCAUCAUGAUCCCCGUCUACAUCCGAAUUUACCAGAUCGCCAAGAAGAGGACCCGCGUGCCCGCCGCGGGGAAGCGGCGGAGGGGCUCCGGCGUCGAGCGCGAGCGCGGAGACGCGGGCGCGCGGCUCUCCAAGGAGAACGCGGGCGAGGACGGAGAGGCGGACCCCGGCGGCGGCGGCGAGCGGGAGGACGCCGCCAAGGGCGACACCAACGACAUCGACAUGGAGGAGUCCUCCUCCUCCGAGCAGCAGCCGUGCGCCACGAAGAAACCGAAAGGGAAGGGAAAGCUGAGCCGCAUCAAGCCGGGCGACAACCACGUGAGCGCGAACGCGCCGGUCUCGUGCGGUGGAGCCGCCGCCGGCGCCGCGCAGAGCUCGCGCGGCGGGAGCCGCUGGAAGGGCCGCCAGAACCGCGAGAAGCGCUUCACCUUCGUCCUGGCCGUGGUCAUCGGCGUCUUCAUCAUCUGCUGGUUCCCCUUCUUCUUCACCUACACCUUGACUGCCGUGUGCAAGUCGUGCGCAGUUCCGCGUGGACUCUUCAAGUUCUUCUUCUGGUUCGGCUACUGCAACAGCUCCCUGAACCCCAUCAUCUACACCGUGUUCAACAACGACUUCAGGAGGGCUUUCAAAAAGAUCCUCUGCAAGGGUGAGAGGAGGAGGAUGGUGUGACAGCGCCUCCGCGCGGGACCCUCUCUCCAGUCUGUUCUCUGCGCCGCGUCGAGGCCACGCGCGUGCGGUGCGUUGCUUACAUGACACGCGGAGAGGUGCGUUUUCCUUCCGUGAAAAAUGAACUUUUACCAAAAAAAAAAAAAAAGAAAGUUUUAAAGACCAGUCAUGUCCGAAUGUGUUGACGCGUGUAGAAAUGUUCCGAAGGUUUUCAGCACCACCCGUCUGCUUUUUAUUCAAAUUAUUGUUCUGUAAAAUGUGUUCGAGGCUCAGUGCGUAUGACCCCUAGUUUUUGGGCUGAACCGUUGAAAUGCUUCUGUGUGUUUCAUAUGAUCCUUCUAUUGCAACAAGUGAAAUGUGUGUAAAUAAAUAAGUUUCACAACGA